CUAUAAAGUUCCUAAAGCAUAGCAUAGUUUACUCUAAAAAUGUCUUUCUAUAGUUCAAACGAAUUCCUCCAUAGCGCUGGCGUCAGUCGCCAUAUGCAAGCUACUGGUGAAACUCCCUCACAAAAAACUAGUAUGAAAAGACGAUCUUGUGAAGUACCUCUAGGAGACAUAUCUUCGAACAAUUUCAAAGUAUCAUUAGGAGACCUAAACGAUAUUUCAAAUUACGACUGUCGGUCACUGCGUUCAGUCAAAUCUGAAGACUGCAGAUCUUUAAGAUACUACAGACCUAUAGAUAGUAGAAGUGUUAAGAACUUCAGAUCGUCUUUGGCAGAUAUUUCUGCUGUGUCCACCUUUUCAUUAUCAAGACCUCCAAGCUACGAUCAGUUGUCUCGACGUUCGAUUAUUGAAGGUCCUGAAGGGCAAGGUAUCACAUCAAGUAUAGAGGGUGUUCUGUGGUCUGAUGAAGAGGAGAAUGAAUAUUUCUAUCACGAGAACGUUACUUCAGCUUGGAAUGAAGACCUCGCCGCGUUACGACAACUACUGGAGAGCGAGUCAGGGGGAACAACUUGUCCGAGUUGUAACAUGCCCUUUGACAAAGGCAAGAAGAGGAAGCUGAUAGACACAUGUGGACAUGAACGCUGUUACUCCUGCAUGUUCAGGAACGAAGCGUGCCCCAUAUGCGCCAGAAACAGUCAGGGACGGCGACCAGUGAUGGAGCGCUACACGCCGUCUCCUCAGCAAGACCAGGACUGGCAGUCUCCAAUGCGCCUUCCCAAGCCACCGAAGCCCGCCACAUUGGCCCAAAGCUGUCCAACGCCACCACACACGAGAAGAAGAUUUUUCCCUAGCCCAAAAUCUCUUCGAAGUCCUUUCGGGCAGCGGUCCAGCCGUCGUUCACACGAGAACCACGUGCCACUAUCUGGACUCCCAGAGGAGGGUCCAAGGAGCGCAGCGUGGCCGAGCCUGGUCUUCAAUAAGAUCAGGUCCCUCUGGACCUCCCACUCGUCCCUCCCACAGGGCCUCAACCAGUUAACAGAUGAUGAAGGCGGUCACAUCAAGCAAGGUUACGAGUCACGCAGGCAAAAUGACCUGCACAUGCGACUGGGACUUUUACUCGGCGAGCGGCGCGGUGCUCGAAACAAAGCUAGGGAUAGCUGCACGUCUCUUGCUUCUCUGGACGCACACACUUUGGCUUCGCAUAAUACUAGCCCCGUCUCAACCCUCACUGGCUCUUCAGAAGUGGAAGCAGCGACUCCCCUGGGACGGGACUCUCUUGGCUCUCUUGCUUCAAUGUCUCUGUCUGCAGUCAGCAACUGUUCCUCUUCGAGCCCUGCUCUCCAAAAUGGGAGAUCAGAAGAGUUAACUCGAAUGUCCAGCGGGUUUUUCAAAAACAGGAAAACUGCUGCCAGACGUUCUGCUAGAGUUAACAGCAAGCAAUCUUCGACUUCAACCGAAAUCAAAAAAGUACAUCCAUCGCCACAAUUAACACUACGACCCCUUUUCUUCGAAGUUCCAUCGACGGACAAUCAAACAUGGUUUUCCGGAAGACAUUGGCUAAUGAGAGAUAUGGAUAAAGCUUUGGAAUCCAGCUCUUCAGGUAUUUUAAUAACCGGAAGCCCAGGAACUGGUAAAACAGCAUUUAUUCUGCAGCUUGUUGAAUACUCCUGCUUUGGGCGAAAACGAAAUUAUGAAUACGAAGAACUCAGAGAACAAUGUGACAUUCGAGAAGUGCUACCUGAAGAAAUCACUGCUGGAAUGCUGACACAGCUAGCAUCUAAUGUCGUUGCUUAUCAUUUCUGUCAGGCCGAUAACAACAGUACGUGUCUGGUUGGAGAGUUCGUCCAUUCCCUGGCAGCGCAACUUUGCCAGGCACCACGUCUCCAAGCUUACAGAGAAUAUCUACUUAGCGAACCGCAUUUACUAGCUUGUUUGUCUCUGAAGGAAUGCAUUGCAGAUUCUGAUCUAGCUUUCAUGAGGGGAAUUAUUGAGCCUUUGAUUAUCUUGAGGAGAAACGGUAGCAUAGAUCCUUCUAACAGCAUAAUUCUGGUAGAUGGUCUUUGUGAAGCCGAGUACCACAGACCAGAUCACGGAUACACUAUUGCGUCUUUCUUAGCAAGACACGUGGCUGAAAUGCCUGUAUGGUUGAAAGUUGUGGCAACAGUGAGAACACAGUUCUUAGAAAUCGCGAAACAGCUUCCUUAUACGAGGUUGAGUUUGGAUGAUUCAGACAAUGUUCAUAAAGACUUACUAGAAUAUUUCAGUACGAGACUGCAAGCAGCACCAAUCAUUGAGACAAACAUCAAGUGUUCAACAGGAAAGUCAGAAGGAGCUCACAACUCAGUUAUGAAAUUUGCGCAAUACGUUCUCCAUUUGAGUCAAGGGUCAUUUUUGUUCCUAAAAUUAAUAUUGGACCUUCUCGAACGGAGUCACAUAGUUGUGAAAUCCACAAAUUAUAAAGUGGUCCCGAUAUCUUUGGCCCAAAUAUUCCUGCUUCAAUUUAAUUUACGAUUCCCUACAGUCCAAUCCUUUGAGAAAGUAACUCACAUUUUAAGCGUUUGCUUGGCAGCUUUAUACCCACUGACUUUGGUAGAAAUAUACUACUCGGUAAACUCCCUUCUGGUGGACACUUUCUUACCCUGGGAUGAGUUCUGUCACAGAUUCGAAAGCCUGACCGACUUUCUGGUGAAGAGAAUCGAUAACACCUACAUGUUCUUCCAUCCAUCGUUCAGGGAAUGGCUGAUAAGACGAGAUGACAAUGAAAGUUCAAAAUUCCUUUGCGAUUUGAGGGCCGGUCACUGCGGCAUUGCAUUCAGAUUAUCAAGGGUACAAGCGCCGUUGGAUUCUGAAAAGACAAUGGAACUAGGCCAUCACAUUUUGAAAGCUCACAUGUACAGAAACAUGGGACCAGCGCAAUUAGGACUUUGUCCAAGAGAUCUUCAAGCAAUGAUGGUUGCUUCGAGCUCAGCUAGCGUAGGUGGUUCUAUUGCAAAUCUAAGAAAUAUUUACACGCCUAAUGUAAAAGUGUCAAGACUGAUGUUACUUGCGGGUGGAUCCCCCAAUCAAAUAACCGAAUGCCUUGGAAAUGCUCCACUACUCUGUAUGUAUUCAUACCAAGGUAUUUUGGCAAUGGUUGGACUACUGAUCGAAUUUGGAGCAGAUUUGGAAAUGACCAAUUCUCAAGGAUGUUCGGCGUUAUCCCUGGCCUGUCAAAGAGGACACACUGAUGUUGCAAGAAGACUUAUAGCAGCAGGAUCGUCUUUGAGUCACACCGACACAGCUGAACAAACGCCUUUGGUACAUGCCGCUAAGAACGGCCAUCGUGACACAGUUAUUUAUUUGCUAGGAUGUCAGACUGGUAGAGAUGACAGAAAUUCAAUAGACAUCGACGAAGGCAGUAUUGAACAACUUGUGCCAGGGUCAAGACAUGCGCUGAUAGCAGCAGCACAAAAUGGUCACUUAGAUAUUGUGGAAUACCUAUUAGAUACAGCUGAACUAAUUCCGGAUGGAAUCUGUCCAGUGACCGGCGAAACAGCAUUAACAGCAGCGUGUUCCACUGGAAACGCUGCAAUCGCUGAUGCGCUUCUCAUUCGAGGAGCUACCCCCUACUCUCUCAAUGCCAGACAAAUGUCUCCCCUAGCUUUGGCCGCAAAGAAUGGUAGAACAGCUCUUGUACUGCGACUUUUGGAUUCUGGGGCUGAUGUUAUGGGUUCUGGAGGGAAAAAUCCCCUGAUCUUAGCUGCAGCUGAAGGUCAUACUGAUGUUAUCGAGAUAUUGCUGGCUCAUGGUGCUGACCCUGAUGCAAUUGAUUCAGACGGAAUAACAGCUUUAGGUUGGGCUGCACUACGAACAAGAAUACAGACUGUGAUAUCGCUACUGGAUAAAGGAGCUACUAUUGAUCAACCCGAUGGAAGUGGAAGAACUCCUUUAGGACUAGCAUGUGGCGGACCGGCAGACUUGGUGGAAAUUCUCCUUGAAAGAGGUGCAUCUUUGGAAAGAGUGGACCACAGCGGCCUUAGACCUCUAGACAGAGCUAUCGGACAACGAAAUGUUCCCGUAGUCAAUUGUUUCUUGAGAAAAGGUGCGAAAUUAGGACCAACUACAUGGGUCAUGGCAUCAGGCAAACCAGAAUUUAUGCUGAUACUACUCAACAAGCUCCUUGAAGACGGGAAUAUGCUCUACCGUAAGAACAGGCCAUCAGAAGCCGCACAUCGCUACAGUUAUGCACUUAAGAAGAUCAACCCUCUCAUCAGCGAUGAAGGCGUGACUACCCCGAGUACUCAGCCGGUACCUCAUGAGCACGUGUCUGCUUUUGUACAAUUGAAGACCAAUUUAUUGCUGAACUUGUCACGGUGCAAGAGGAAGUUGAAUGAACCGUCGGAAGCGCUCGAUCUCGCAGCUCGUGCUUCAGUACUGCGUCCGAAUGCCUUCGAAUGCGCAUAUGCCAUGGCUCGAGCAAUUCUUAACCUCAACAAGCCAUCUGAAGCUCUGCCCCACGCUAGAAGAGCCUUAUUAUUGGCCCCGCCAAACGACAUAUCCGCUGUAAGGACGCUAAAAUCCUUACAACAAGAGAUUCUUACAAGGAUCAAUGCUGGAUCCCACAGCUUAAACGGCGAUAACAGAUCAAUACGAAACUUUGACACGAUCAGUUUGAACAUGCCUUAGAGUAUGUAGAGGCUAUUGUUUGUAUAAGUGUUGCUUUUGUAUUGUGAUUUAUGAUUUCUCUGAUAAAUAAUAUUUUGCUAUUCAUAACGUAUGCAUUCUGAAAUACUUCUCGUUUGUAACUUGUUAUAGUAUCAAGUAUUUUUAUUUAUAUGUGAUGAAAUGAGAGUUGUGUUUUAUGUAAAUAAUGUAAUCCUUUAUUUCUAUAAACUUCAGUAAACAGUGUAAAGUGUUCUUUAUGAUUUAGACUCGAAUAAACAAUAUCUUGUAUAGUUGCUUGCCAUUUACUGAACGCUUUGAUUUCUUUUAUUUUACUUAAAUUAAUUUAGAAGUAUCCUAUAAUUAUAUAAGCAUAGUAAGUACGUAAUACGAAAAUUUAAUUGGGUGCCUUUUAUUUCAAAAUUCUACAUAGAAUAAGUUUUUAUUUGUAUUCAUUGUUGUUACAUUUAACUUGUAAGUUUUUUUUGAGUUAAACUCAUGUGCCCAUCUUGCUUUAUUAUAAUUUAUUGAAAAUAUUAUACUUUCUUAAAUAUUAAGACUAAGUAUUCUAAUUAUGUGCAUAAAGGCAUGAUUACGUUUUUUGUGUAUUUUUGUGUUGGAUGUUAGUAUAUAUACGAAAAAUAUAAUGAGUGGUUUAAGUAUGGCAUUUAAAUUGAAUUUAUUUAUUUGGGUAUUUCAAAAUGCAACUACUACAAUAACAUUUGCAUUUGUAAUCGGAAAUUUUCA